CCAAACUUUCCAUUUUUCCACAUGAAAUCAAGAUGGCAUCACUUGAAUGGCUUGAUCUUAAAGCCUGCACAAGUCUUGAGUACUUCCCACGUGUAGUGGGAAAGAUGGAUGCACUAAGGCGAAUUUCCAUAACUCGCACUGCUAUUAAGGAGCUCCCACCUUCGAUUGGAAAUCUUUUGGGGCUUCGAUAUUUACAUAUGCACUCUUGCAGAAGUCUUGGGGAACUUCCAACCAGCUUAUUCAAGAUGCGAAAUCUUCAGAUGCUUGAUUUCGGAGGCGUUCAUCCUCAUAAUAGAAAAUCUUGGAUGAAGUUAAUGCAAGAUAUCCAAAUCAGCAGCUGUUAUGUGAAGAAACUGCAUCUCGUGAAUUGUGGUCUGUUGGAUGAAGAACUUCACCUAAUUCUGAAUUGUUUUCGAAAUUUGCAAGGGUUAUAUAUGCAAAGGAAUGAUUUUGUGUCUCUCCCUAAGUGCAUUAAGCAGUGUAAGAGUCUAUGGUGGCUGGAUGUGAGAGACUGCAAGAGGCUAAGAGACAUACCAGAGUUGCCAUCAGAGUUGCAUGACAUAGAUGCAGGGAAUUGCACAUCAUUAACCGCCGGAUCAUUGGACAACUUAUAUUCUCAGGCAAAAAUGGAGUUGCUUCACUUGAGAAUCAGUGUGCCAGUAACAACAUUUCCUGAUUGGUUCAACUAUUAUGGUGAAGGAGACACGUUGUCUUUUCGCGUUCGUGGGAAUUUAUUACCUCGUGGUAUUGUUGCAUUUGAGGCCACGGGGAAAGCGAACAUGAGUUUUGAACAGAGCUUCCCAGUUUUUAUGAGCAUCAAUGGUCAUACUGAUAAAUUGCGAAUUGCAGCUCAAGAAGGUAAUUUGUUAUUAUUUGACGGAUUCGUGCAACUUACGGAAGCAGAGCAAAAGCGUCUCAACAAGUAUAUGGGGUUGGAUUGGAAUGACGUGAACAUACAAGUUAUGAUUCCCUCGCCAGAUAUGUUCUUAGUUAAGUGGGGAGUUUAUUUCUACAAGGGAGCAAACAUGGAGAAUGUGCAGUUCAACAAGUCUUCCCAUAAUGCUUCAACGCCAUCACUGCUGGAACAAACAGGGAUGACUUCUCUUCCAAAUUAUGAACCACCCAAGAAGCUCCUCAGAACGAACUGA